AUGACGGCCGACUCCAAGAUUGGCUACAGCCGGGUAUCCAGCUUGAUGGCCUCCGACGCCGAUUUGGGUAUCUUCCGCGGCUUCAAAGCGCUGAACACACGAAACAUCCUCUAUCUUCAGUCAGAGCUGGCAGAGCUCGAAGAGACAUUGCAAGACUUAGAUGAGAUUCACAAUGAUCGGACGAAAGGCAAUGAUUCAUGGAGUGUGCCGAGGAGCUGGCGCGCCGUGAAGAAUCGAGGUGACGAGUAUUUGGAAUGUGUGCACCGACUGAGACAAACAUCCAAGGAAUAUUAUAAAGCGCUACAGGCACAAUCGUGGCUUCUCAACCAAAAAGGCCCCGCUACUCGGGCUCGCAACAAUCUACGCGGCUUCUUGGACGCUCACCGAUCCGACAUGUCGCAAAUGGAUGCCAGUUUUAUCCUGGAUGAUCGUUUCCAGGAGGAUUUAGUGACGGUCUCCUGGGAGGAGAAAGAAGUGCUCUCCGAAUAUAUGGAGAAAUACUUAUACAGGGCAUUUGAAAACAGGCGUAUUGCCAGCCAAGGAGGCGAAAUGUUGAUCUUCUCGAACCAGCGCAUCCGGUCUGUGGUCAGACUGCUGGCGAUCUUGAUCUCAUCGGUUCUGCCCAUCCUCUCGAUUGUGGUCCUGUAUGUCAUCAAAAACGAGCAGGUCCGUCUGGGCAUGAUUGUCGUGUUUUCUGCGCUGUGUUCAACGGCUCUUGCGACUUUGAGCAGUGCAAAGAAUUCUGAGAUUAUGGCUGUCACUGCGGCGUAA